AUGGCAGAAGAGAUGGUGGAGCUUGGGUUCGAGGGCCUUGACCGAUUUGCCGACAGGCAUUUUGACAAAACCUACGACCGUCUACCAGCGAUUCCGAGGACAGCGAAGCAGAAGCGCAAAUUGGAACAACGACAGCGGGAGUAUCUGCAGAGGACCCAAGGUCAAGCACCACAAGACGGGCCGUACCCGCCGCGAAAUCAUCCUGAAAAUCAGCCUGGAAACCACCCUGACAAGGGGUACACGUCUCGCUCCACUGCACCAGAAAGCACAAACGGCUACAAUUCCGACCCAGAGAUGUACGCGCCAGAUCGCUAUGGGCGGGACGACCGAUAUCACGAGCCAGAGCAGAACGGCUACACCGCACCAGGGCCAGGAUUCAAAGUCCCACGCGGCCGCGACGGACCGGGUGAUACACGCGGCAUGCAGCCUUAUGAGCAACAACCCCAUUUUGAAUACGGUCAACAAAGUCUCUACGGAGGUGGCGGCAUGCGACCAGCACCCCAACGAAGAGGCUCAUCAUGGUCUCCGCCACGCUCCCAGCGACAGGGCCGAUCAAAGUCACGACGUCGUCGGUCGAACUCGCGCUCCAGAGAUAGCUCGACCGACAUGAAGAGCCGGCUGUUGGCGACGGUCGGCGGUGCUUUGGUAGGGGGCUUUGCCGGCAACCGAGCAACUAAAGGAAAGAAGUACGAUACCGUUGCAACGAUUGCCGGAGCCAUUAUCGGCGGCGUUGGUGCAAAAGAAGCGGCGGACCAUUGGGAUGAUCGGAAAAGAAAGAAGGAACAGCAGAGAAACGGGGAUUGGGAUGACGACGACUCGGAUGACAGCAAGCGAAGGAGUGAUCGCAGGAGAGACGACAGAUAUGAACGUGAUGACAGAAGGAGCAGAUACGACUACAAUGACAGAUAUGAGGGCGAUGAUCGGAGGAGAUACUAA